GGUCCAACAUGACAACUCAAUUUAAAAAAAAGGACUCUUCAACCAUUCCUUAACCCUAUUUUCUCAUUUCCCCCUGCAAACUCUCCCAAAAUCUCAAUACCCACAUAACCCAUUACCCUAACUCAAAACCCAUAAAAAAAUUCUUCUUCUUCAUAUUCUUCUCCCAAAUCAACCCAAAAACACAUACAAAAUCACAAAAAACCAUGAAAAAACUCUAUCACAAAGGUCAAAUCCAUCCUUCACCUUCUCCUUGUAAUCAAUUUUCUUUAUCUUAUCUUCCUGCUGCAAUUCUCACUCUUACUGCUACCCUUUCUUCUGAUGACAAACAAAUCUUAUCAUACCUUCUUUCUUGUUCUUCUACUACCCCUUUUGAUUUUGACCCAUCUAAAAAAUCCUCUAAAAAACAUCUAAACACCAUUAAUAAACCCCAUUCUCCUUCAUUUUCUUGUUAUUGUUUCUCUUGUUACACUAAUUUCUGGGUUCGUUGGGAUUCUUCCCCUAAUCGUCAGCUUAUUCAUGAGAUUAUUGAUGCUUUUGAAGAUGAUUUGGUCGCUCAGAGGAAGAAGAAACAAGGGUUAAGUAAAAGAGAGAAAAGGAAGAAUAAUGGGAAAGGAUUAAAGUUGGAUAUUAAUGGUGUUAAUCAUGAUAAGAUUGAUGUUAAUCCAAAUGGGUUUUGUAAGGUUAAUGAUGAUGUUAAUGGAUUUAAUGGGUCUGACCGAGUUGAUACUGAGUUGGGUCGAGUUGACUCAGUUGAAGAAGUUGAUGAAAUAGGGGAGAAUCAAGGGUCUAAUGUAAGGAAGAUUGUUUGUUUUAUUGGUGAGAAAAUUUGGGGUAGUGUUUGGGGUUAACAAAAUUUGUUUAUUACACUUCGAUUUUAAUCAAAGCGUAACAAACAAUCUUACCUCGAGAAAGUAAUAGUUUAAGGUUGGUUCUAUAGUGCAAAAAUAUGGUUUCCGCAAAAUGGAUAUCACGCUCAAUAUUGAUAAUUUUAUAGUCAAUACGACCAAUAUUUAAGUCACGAUAAACUCAAAUACUUUAUCACAAUACGUUGAUGCGGCCUUGUAUUUGCAUUAUAGUUGUUUAAUUAAGUUUGCUAAUUUCAAUUUGAAAUUAUGUUUUUUUUCAUCUUUAUUUAUAAUACUACUUGUUAGGGAGUAGUUUAUUUUUCUAAUUUUAAUAAUGUAUGAUAUAUACUCCCUUUCUCUUUAUGUACUACUUUGUAAACAUUUUUGAGUAGUUUUAGUAUUUUCAUAUAAGAUAGUCUUUUUUGGCUUAUGGGUGGUAUGUUCAAUGUAAAUAUGUAAACUUAGUCAAAAAUACUAUGUAUAUUAGCUUGUAAUUAAUGGAUGUUUGAGCCAUUUUGGGA